CUCAGAAUGUUUGUGCGCGUGGCAGCUCCAAAGCAAAUUGCUGACAAGGGGCACCCGCCCGUGCCCCCGAGUUCCCCCUGAGCGCGGUGCACAUAUAAGCACCCCGCGAGCGGCACCUCGACAACCACCUCAACGGAACCCUGUGACACUCAGAUCAACGCUUUGCUAGGAAGAAGAUGUCUGUGCCCAAGCCCUCGCCCAGCGGCCCCUGGAAGAUGACGGUGUACGACCAGGAGCACUUCCAAGGCAAGCGUGCGGAGUUCACGGCCAGCUGCCAGAACAUCGUGGAGUGCGGGCUGGACAACAUCCGCUCCCUCAAGGUGGAGUGCGGCGCCUGGGUAGGCUACGAGCACUCCAGCUUCUGCGGCCAGCAGUUCGUCCUGGAGAAAGGCGACUACCCUCGCUUCGAGGCCUACGGCGGUAGCAACUCUUACCGCAUCGAGAGGAUGCUCUCCUUCAGGCCUAUCUGCUGCGCCAACCACAAGGAAGCUCGCAUGACCAUCUACGAGAUGGAGAACAUGACGGGUCGCCAGUUUGAGCUGUCUGACGACUACCCCUCCCUGCAGGCCAUGGGCUGGUUGAACAACCAGGUUGGAUCCAUGCACAUCCAGAGUGGCGCGUUUGUAUGCUACCAGUAUCCAGGCUACCGGGGCCAGCAGUACAUCGUGGAGUCGGAUUGCCGUGGAGGCGAGUACAAGUCCUUCCGGGAGUUUGGCUCUCAAGCUCAAACCCCACAGAUCCAGUCCAUCAGAAGGAUCCAGCACUGAGGUCGACAUCUUCGUCCUUCCUUUUCCUCCUCGUCCUCCAUCUUGCCGCCGGUACUGCUGCCUCCUUGGGUGCGGCCGGUCCGAGCGUGAUCCCAGGAUGGACUUCAGGUGCUUUGCUGUGGUGCACAGCACUUUUGUAUUUUGAUGAUGAAAAAUGUGAGACCCAUGUGAGCAAGGUGCUAACAUUUUGUCAUCCCUUUCUCUUCGUCAUAUUUGAAUAAAAAGAAUAUAGACAAGCAAA